CGGGUUGUGUUAGGGUCUUCUGGAUUUACGAUGUGCUUGCUCUGUCUACUUUCAAUCAAAUCAGGCAACUUCGAUACUCGGCACAGUUUAUACUCGGUCUCUGCGGUUUAGGCUUCCACGGGGAUUUUAGAAAGAGUAUCUGGUUUGCUUAACUUGCUUAUCAAAAAUAAUUUAGUAACCUAGAUUAAGCAAUGAUGUGCGCUGAGUAAUACCAGCGUCAAUUUUAAACAAGCUAGCUAACUUUAACAGAAAAGUCUCAAUUUUAGCAAACGUCUGACAUUGAAAAUUUAAUAUUGAACAGUUUUUCGGACUUAACAAAACGCAUGUUAACAUAAUAAUCGGUUAACCAACACUGGACGGUAAUGUCGCUGUUUUGCACAAUUCGUUGAGAAUGAGAAACUAGCAUUCUUGCUAUAACAUCAUCGAAAAUUUCUAGCUAGCUGGCUAGCAACCCACAAACGAUUUACUCUAUUUGUAAUACUACGAAGCAAAAACAAUUACGAAUAUUAUUAGCUACGAGUAGUAUGUAGAAGUUUCGUGAGGAUCAGGUUAUCCAAGUUUGGCACUGCCUAUUCUGCUCUCAUGUCUGAAGAGUUGAUUAUUGUGGAGUGGGCAGAGACUACCACCAACCCAUCUGCAGUUUUUCCUGACAGCACUGUCGAAAAUAUGGCGAACACUGUGGUAGAGGAGGAUUACCCAUCACAUAACAUGAUCAUCCAUUGUGAGGAGUGUGAUGCCUCUAACAAAGACCAGAGCGACAACCAAGGUAGCCUGGCCUUCAUGCUGGACUCUCCCACUCCAAUGGGUAUACCGCAGAGGGCACUGCUCACUCUACCUCAUGGGCUGGUGGUGGGCAGGUCCAGUAUUACCGGGGCAGGUCUGGGAGUCUUGAACCUGGGGCCAACUUUACUGCCAGGAAUGCACUUCGGCCCAUAUGAAGGGGAGGUGACUACAAGAGACAGAGCCCUUAAAAGUGACUAUUCCUGGGAGGUCUGGAACAGUAAGGGUGAAUCUGAGUAUAUCGAUGCUGCAAGAGACACUCAUUCCAACUGGUUGAGGUAUGUUAACUGUGCUCGUAAUAAAAAGGAGGCUAAUCUUGUAGCACUCCAGUACAGGGGGGUGGUUUUCUUCCACUGCUGUCGCUCAGUCCUCCCGGGUGAAGAGCUCUUGUUUUGGCCUGGAGCUGAAUACAUUGACAGGUUUAAGGACCCCUCUGACCAAAUCUGGCUCAGAAACUGCACUCCUUCAGAGUUGAGGACAGGCUUGUCAUCCCAGGUUUUCCUCUGCCGUCAGUGCCAGCUUUCUUUUACCACAGAGUCUUAUCUCCAAAGACAUACCAAGCAGUCCCACCCUGUGGACCUGUUUUUGUGUGAGCCUGACAAUCACCAUUGCAGUGCUACAAAGAAGCCAGACCCUGAAGCAGCUUUGGAAAGCGGUUUGGCCUACAAGUGCCCUCAAUGUCCGAAGAGCUUUAAGCAGAAAGGCCAUGUCCAGAGGCACCUGCAAACUGUCCACUCCAAGGUGAAGCCGUACUGCUGCAUCCACUGCAGGCGGUGCUUUGCUCAACUGUCUUGUCUAGCCAGGCACCAGAUACGAGUUCACAGAAAGAAGCAUGCAGAGGACCAGGAGCUCAACCCCCCUGCCUCUGACAGUCCACGUAUAACAACCUCUGUCUUGUUCCCUUGUCCUCACUGCCCAUUUUCUUCCUCUAUGAAAAGCAGCCUUUCUCAGCACAUGAGGAGGCAUAGCCAAAGAAGGACGAAGGUUAUUCAAAUACAAGCAUCUGUAGAGGUCAGAGGGGAAAUUAAUGCCAAUCCUGAACUUCCUGAACCCUCCUUAGUUGCUCUACCUACAGAGACCGAGACGGAUGAACCCCCUGAACCCUCUUUAGGGGCUCCACCAACACAGACAAAUGAGCUGGCGCAAACCGGCGAAGAGGCCUACAGCUGCUCUCAGUGUGGAAAGAUGUUCAAGCAUAAGGGCCAUGUCCAGAGGCACAUGCGAGCCGUACACUCCAACGUCAGGCCAUACUGCUGUCUCCAGUGUAGGAAGUGUUUCGCUCAGGGGUACGAUCUGGCCAGGCACCAGACUCGAGUUCAUGGAAAGAAGAAGAAACAGGAAAAAGCUUCGGUACAGCUUGGAGGGGAGAGUCCGGCAUCCUCCAAUGACCUGCCUUCAGGUACCCAGGCAGGGAGAUCUCCCUCUCAAAGACUGAAGAACCUCCGGGUGAAAUCCUCCAGGAUGUCCAUGGCCAAAAUGAAGGCAAACUCACUGAAACAAAGACACGCCAGUAACAAGGAGAAGAUUCAUUCAAGCUCUACAGACACAGCGGACGUAGAGGAGGAAGAUGUAGAAGCGGAGGCACGGUACAGCUGCACAGAGUGUCUGAGAAGCUACAGCAACGCAGAGUCCCUCAAAGCACACCAGUGCGUUCCGGCCGGCGUGGCAACCCCAUACACGUGCUCUACGUGUGGAGCGACCUUCAAACGCCACACUACCCUGAAGAAGCACACGCUCAACAAGCACCCGAAGCAACACCAGUCCCAUUGCUGCACCCACUGUGGGCGGUUCUUCAGCCAGGCUGGUGGCCUACAGCGCCACCUGGAGGCAGAAGUGUGUAAGGACGUCCAGCUGAGUUCCGAAGCCUAUCCCUGCUCCUACUGCCAGUUCUCCUUCACAGAGGAGAGGUACCUCCAGAAGCACAUUAAGAGACACCACCCUAACGAGUAUGUCUGUCUUAUGGGUUCGAGCCAGGCCCUGUCAGGGUCAGUCGGAGCGGGCGAGGUCCACCUCUGCUUUCAGUGCGGGAAGAGCUACAAGUACGCUCAAAGCUUCAAAGCUCACCGGUGUUUCCGCUCCGUGGAGGCCAAACUGAACUUAUGCGACGAGUGCGGGAAAGGUUUCUCUUGUCUUUACAGCCUUAAGCAGCAUCAGAGGAUACACACGGGAGAGAAGCCGUACCGCUGUACUUUCUGCCAGAAGGGUUUCACCCACUCUGGACAGCUAAACGUGCACGUGAGGGUACACACAGGGGAGAGGCCUUUCCUGUGCACCGAGUGUGGCGAGAGUUUCCGUCAGUCCGGGGAUCUGAAGCGACACGAAAGGAAACACACGGGAGUGAAACCCUGCACCUGUCCCGAAUGUGGGAAAAGCUUUAGCCGUCCUCAGAGUCUGAAAGCUCACCUGCUGUUGCAUAACGGAGAGCGCCGGUUCAAGUGUGAGCAAUGCGGGAAAAGAUUUUCACGAAGUUAUCACCUUACCAGGCACCAUGAAAAAAUGCACUCGUAAUUUGGAUGGAAACACAGCUGCCUGUUGUUGUUUUGUUCAGCACUUAAGUCAUCUUUUGGUUGAUACUUUUGUUUGACACAAGCAAAACGUUGUUACUUGGAAUCAACAAUAUGCAAUUUAAAUUCAAUUUUGGUUCAAACUUGAUUGUCCCUGAAGCAAAUUUGAGACUGAUCUUAAGAAAAAGGAAGCUGUUUUCAUAAAAUAAAAUUACUGACUUCAGUAU